UGUGGGUGGGGCUGGACCUGGACCCUCCUCACCCCCGCAGUCUGCUCAGAGGGCCCAGGGCGGUGGUGGUGAACGCAUGGCACUGUUUGCAUCAUGGAGAGCUCUGAAAGGUUCGCCCUCACUGCCCUAGCGGGUGCGGGGAAGAGUCCCACAUUGCGCAGGUGUUGGGGCUCUGGUCUCUUUCUUCCUUUCUUCCAGGAGAAGGCAGCAGGCACCAGGGCUCUGCUGGUCCAAACCACGGUUCUCUGCUGACCCAGGGGCUCUAAAGAUAGAAAAGAGCCCCAAAUCCUGCUUGCAGCCUUUUGUGAGCGUGGAGAAAGCCGAGUGAGGGUGAGGAGGUUGUUCCCGACACAGCCGUGGGUCUUCCCUGCGGUGAGCAAGCCUUCCCUUACCCUGCCCUAAGCUGCAGUGGUGCGGUCUGUUACCUUGGAGACCAGCUGACACCUCCCUGUGGGGCGAGCUUCACUGCUGAGUUCCCGGGAAGAGCCUGAAGCAACCAGAAGUUGAAACCAGGAAAAGCAGGGCCCUGAGUACGGAGGCCCCUCUCCACAGCUAGAGAAAUAAAUAAGCAAAUGCAGGCUAAGCAUGAAGACAAACACUGACAGACAUCAGAAACAGGAGAACCAGGAGGAUAUGAGUGGACCUGGCCAAAAUCCAGACCAUGAAUCACUGGUUACACCUGGGAACCAGACACAGGACUUCCUGAGCCUGCAGGGAAGUAAGAUUCAGUCCGCUUUGGAAGACCCUGAAGACUGGCUUUCAACUCACAGUUUGAAGUCUGAGAGACUCACCCUGGCUGACCUGAUAAGUCAGGGCACAGCUGUGCUGGAGGAGAGCAGCAGUGUCAUGCAGGAAAUGUGCAUCUCCACGCAGACCAUUUGCCAUUUCGAAUCAAAGCUUUCUGAGGUCAUCGAACGCUAUCAACAGAGAAUUCAGUGGCUCACAGAAAACAGCAAGAAGGCCUUUGGCCGCAUCCGGGGGACCAGAGUGGCCGUCCUCAUCGAUGCGUCGGUGGUCAGCAGUGGGCCUGGGAUAGAGGAGUUCCAGAACGACUUCCUGAGCCUCGUUGACGAGCAGCUGAGCCUCAAGGAGAAGCUGUACGUCCUGUCCUUCAGCAGCACCGCCAGACGCCUCUGGCCAGACCUGGUGGAAGUCAGCACCUCCGCCCUCCAGGAGCUCAAGCUCUGGGUAAAGAAACUGCAGCCUGAAGGAGGCAGCAACUUACUGCAGGGCCUGAAGAAAACCUUCGCUCUCCAGGGGCUGGAUUCCCUGGUGACCGUCCUGAGAAGCUGCCCAGAUCAGCCCUCCGAAAUUCUGUCUGACUACAUUCAGCAGCGCACCGCGGGCCGCAGCCUCCUCAUCCACCUCAUCACCUACCAGUGUGACGGUCAGGUGCCCUCGGCUGUCCUGAAGAACCUCGCAGAAGCGCUUGGAGGCUACUACCACUGCUACAGCCCGGAGACCGAGGCCAGUGACUUCCGGACGGCUGACCACUCCCGCUGUCCCCAGCUCUACACCAGUCGGGAUGUGGAUGAGCUGCUGACAGAGAUCCAGAAGGCCGGGGACCUCCUCAGCCACGUGCAAGCCCUGCGCCGGAGCCGCCCCCGUGAGGAGCUGGCCCGCAUGACGCAGGAGAUUGCCACGGACUACACACAAGAGUCACUCACAAAUCUCUUGCCUAAGCCCCCAAAGCACGAUGCGCCUCUCACGAUUGAGUUCCCAGGCCUGGAAAAGACUUCUGCAGAAUGGCUAAAGAUCAAUGGUCUAAAAGCCAAAAAAUUAAGCCUGUACCAGGCUCUGGCACCCAACGCGUUCUCUCCUGUGGAAGAGUUUGUGCCUAUUCUCCAGAAAACAGUAUCGGCAACUAUCCAUGAGAAGGUGAUGGUACAAUUUGAAUGGCACGACGGGACAGUGAAGAAUGUCCACGUGGAUCCACCCUUCCUCUACGAGUACCAGAAACAGCUCAGCAGAGCCAUGCAGGUCUAUGAGAGGCGGAUCGAGUGGCUCUCCCUGGCCAGCAGAAGGAUCUGGGGCACUGUCUGUGAAAAGAGGGUGGCGAUACUGCUCGAUAUCUCUGUGGCCAAUUCCGCGUACAUUAUUCAUAUCCAGCACUCCCUGCGGCUGCUGCUGGAGGAGCAGCUGUCCAACAAGGACUGCUUCAACCUCAUCGCGUUUGGAAGCGCAGUCGAGAGCUGGAGGCCUGAGCUGGUUCCCGCGAGCCAUGACAACUUACAGAGCGCCUGGAGGUGGGCCCUGCGCCUGCAGUGCCAAGGCAGCAGGGACGUCCUCGGCGCCCUGCGGAAGGCGGUGGAGGUGGACUUCAGGGACAAAGACAGACACCAGUCGCAGGGCAUCUACCUCCUCGCGGGGGGCAUCCCUGACCAGGAUGUGCCCACACUCAGCGCCUACGUGGCUGAAAGCUGUGGGGGCUGCAGCCUGCAGCUGAACGUGUGUCUCUUCUCUGUGGGGGAGCCGCAGAUGGACAGCAGCCCUCCCGCCUGCUACGCCAGCCGCUCGGACACCGCCAGCGCCUACAGGGCGCUCGCCUGGGCCACUGGUGGCCGCUUCCACUGGUUUGGAGACACAUGCAUUUAUGAGAGUGAUGACAUCAGUGCCAUCAAAUCUGAGAUGGAAAAGGCCCUCAACUACUCCCAGAAGUGCGCCUUACUGGUGGCCUCCCUGAAGAACCAUUUGAGAAAAGAACUGGAAGGUGCAGCCCUCUCUAAAGAAAAGCCAGCGGUGCUCAAGCAAAGAAGUCAGCCCAAGAAAUCCUCUCUUCCCAAGCCUACAACCCCCUCGAAGGCCAAAAUGAGCCUUAAAGAAGACCCAGAAAGAGAGAGGAGCCCGCCGCCCAAAGCUCCGAGAGGUCCUCUGCUCAGCGGCAAAGUGGGCGCCUCCUCGGCCCAGCCCGUGAAAGAAGGGACAGCACACGGGGGGAGGAAGACCAAAGCACGGGCAGCAGAGACGGCUCUCUCCCCGUUCUAUACAGAGACCGGGAAUGCCGUAGGCUCGGUGUACAAGAAGUACCCUCAAGGAAGGAGUAUCAGCAGGGCCAGCUCUUCUGUUGAGUUGCCCAGGAAGGACACUGUUUGCUCAAGCCAAGAGUGGGUGGCGAAUUAUGGGCUGAGAAAACUGAAGCUGGAGAUAUCCAGAUGCCUGGGUCCCAGCUGCCCGCAUCAGAGGUCCACCCAGAGCUCAGCCAAGCACUGCGCUGCCUUCCCCAGUGCGGAGAUCAAGGGAGAGGUGAGACACAUUCAGUGGACGCUCAGGGAAAUGGACGUGUACAUCGUGUGCCUGACGAAGGUGAUGAGGCGCUACGUCCAGCGGCUGCAGUGGCUGCUGUCUGGCAGUCGCCGAGCCUUUGGUGCCAUCUUGGAGAAGAAAGUGUGCGUCCUGCUGGACACGUCCGGGUCCACGGGCCCCUACUUGCAGCAGGUGAAGGCAGAGAUGGUUCUGCUGAUCUGGGAGCAGCUGCGGGAGCGCUGUGACAGUUUUAACCUGCUCAGCUUUUCAGACAGCCUCGAGCCGUGGCGGGACACCCUGGUGGAGGCCACAGAUGCGGCGUGUCACGCAGCUAUGCAGUGGGUGACCCAUCUGCAAGCCCAGGGGAGCACCUCGAUCCUUCGAGCAUUUUCGAAAGCUUUCAGUUUUCACGACGUGCAAGGAUUGUACCUGCUGACCGACGGGAAGCCAGACACAAGCUGCAGCCUGGUUCUUGAUGCAGUCCAAAGACUCCAGGAGGAAAGGGACGUGAAGGUUCACACCGUCUCCCUGAGCGGCACCGACAGGCCCUGGAGAGAUGUCCAAGGAAGCACCCGACUGAGCUGGCCCGCAGCAGUUGAGUUCCUGAAGAAGCUGGCCUCACUCACUGGCGGCCGUUACCACUGCCCUGUCAGUGAGGACACAUCCUGCAGGAUCCGCGGCCUGCUCACCAGGGGCUUCAUCGACGAAAGGGACCCCCCGCUGCCACUGUUUGAAGGCGAUGACCUGAGGAGACUGGCCCAGGAGAUCACCAAGGCCCGGAGAGCCCUUGCCCAGGCCCAGGUGUUCAGAUCCCAGCUCCAGAAGAAGAGCAGUGCAGAGCCACAGGCCCCUCUUUGUUAGAGGAGAAUUCUCAGGAGGACGCAGAGAACUGUGACCCACAGAUUACCCACAGGAAAGACAGGUCCAGGCGCCAGGACACGCUGGAAGUCUGGGAGGAAAGGCUCCGUUCUUUGGGCAUGGAGCCACCUGUGGGUCCACGUUGGCUCUCCUGCCCUGUCCCCAACAAUCCCAUUCCAGCGGUGAGAUUGCUGCUCACGGCCCGGCACCAGGCUCCCCGCCUGCAAUGUCCUUCUUGCCACCCUCUGCGGGGGACCCCGCGCGGUGACAUCAGCUCCACCGUGCGAUGUCUCUGGACUCCGCAGCGCUGAGACCGCCAGGCACAGGCGGAAGUCCCCCCCUUCCUCUUGCAGCGGCCGCACUGAUGCCUCUUGUGGCACUUGGCACUCGCUCGCUCGACUAUCUUGCUCUCCUCCCGCACCGUGGCUCCGCCGGGGGAGGCCACCGUCCUGACCACCUGCGGGUCUCCGGCAGCUGCCAGGUGACAGACACGUGGGAACAGCAUCGUGCGGAAUGUGGGAGUCCCGAUGGGGCCGUUCCUCCCUGGGGCCUCGCUCUGCUCCUUACCGCCUGCGGGCCAGAGCCGAUCACUGCCGGCCUGACGGGGGAGAAGCAGCCGCAGUGUCCACCCCACCCCACGCGUGCUCCACCACACAGAGCGAAUGUUCCGCUCAACGCUGAAACUCAGGCCGGGCCUUGCGGGCCCCGCUCCACUGUGUGCACGUGAAAUGAAUGUGGCGUGUGCUGCAUCACCUGCAGUCAUUUUCUAAAAUUAAAAUUUGCUUUUCUUUCCAUGAA